CAUUGAUUUUGAAUAGUCUAAUAAUUAAAAAGCAAUAAUCUAAGAUUGUAACACCUUUGUGUUCCGUGACUUAUAAGUUAAAACAGCUGAGACUGCCAUCUUUAGGAUUAACAGUGCCACUCUGAUGUAAAUUAUUCUGAAUUCUGAUGAGAGAAAUAUAAUUCAACUUUACUAUCAAUCGAUUAAAGUUAUCGCUUCUGGCCAUCUGUAUGAUUUAAAGCCUUUCGCUCCCCUCGGUGAUCAUCUAAAUUAUUUUGAUAGAGUGUUCUAGCAGCUGCUUCAAUGGGCCGUCGUGACAAGGCAUUUGGGGUCAUCCUGACCAGAGAUGUAUUCCUUUCAGGCAUGGGAUUUAUUUAUUUAUUUGCAUUCGCUUCUCUUUAUCACCAAUUACCAGGUUUAAUUGGUGAUAAAGGUAUAUUACCUGUCCAUAGCUAUGCUCAAUUAGAUAAACGCGGAUUAUCUGUGUUGGAUGAAGUUUUAGAAUCCAAACCUAGUCUCGUUUGGCUUGCACCUAAACUUGGCCUAAACUUUGAUUUGAUGUUAGAUUUAGUUGCAUUAUCUGGGAUAAUCGUUUCUUCAUUUGUUAUUAUUUCUAGCAAAGCUAAAAAUCCACUCCUUUUCGGUCUCCUUUAUAUUUUGUACUUUUCCCUGUAUCAGGUCGGUCAAGAAUUUCUUUGGUUCCAAUGGGAUAUACUUCUUCUUGAGGCAGGAUUCCUUUGUAUUAUAAUUGCUCCAUUCAGCAAUUCAUUUAACCAUUCACCGUCUCGUGAUCCAAUCACAUUAUGGCUCGUCAAAUGGUUGCUUUUCCGUUUAAUGUUUAGUUCAGGAAUUGUCAAAUUAACCUCUAAAUGUCCUACUUGGUGGGGAUUGACGGCACUUAAUUACCAUUUCGAAAGCCAAUGUUUACCUACUCCCUUCUCUUGGUAUGCACAUCACUUGCCCAGUUGGUUAUUGAGAUUAGGUGUUGUUGGUACUUACGUCGUCGAAAUUAUAAUCCCUUUCUUUUUCUUCGGACCUGCUGUAUUGAGAAGAAUAAGUUUCUGGGCUCAGGUGAUAUUCCAAUUUUGCAUAAUUCUAACUGGAAAUUACAACUUCUUCAAUCUACUUACGAUUGUGUUGUGUAUACCUUUGUUGCAAGAUGCUGACUUUCCACGCUUCCUACGACGGUCUCAUCGUGUUCCGCCUGCAAGGAGAAAUUCCUCAGAUACAAUUAUAGCUAGUUUUGGAAUAGGCUUUAUACUGUACGAGACUGUUAAGCUAUUCAAUUUGCAUAUCGAAAAAGAUAGAACAUUAUCCUCCAAAGUCAACUUUCAAGAGCCUGAACUCAAAUAUUUUAUUGGAAAAGCGUUACAUGCGUCAAUCACCGUCGGUCUUAUUUCUCUGGGGUUGGUCUUUAUUCGAUCGGUUUACAGAGCUUUCAAACAUGGAUCAUACUUUGCACGUUUUGGACGAAUAGUCGCAGUUAUUCUCUACAGCUUAGCAGCUUUUCUCAUAUUUGCUAUAAGCUUAAUUCCCUUCACUGGACAACUUGAUAAAUCUGUGUACACCAAGAUCUCGCCAGUUAUCCAUCAAUGGCAUCACAACUCAAAUCCCUUGAUCAUCACUAAUAGCUACGGACUUUUCCGUCAAAUGACUGGAGUCGGUGGUCGUCCCGAAUUGAUUAUCGAAGCUUCUAACGACCUGGAAACUGGUUGGAAAGAAUAUAAUUUCCUGUAUAAACCUGGAAAAUUGAAUGAAGCACCCAAGUUCUUGAUACCUCAUCAACCUCGACUUGAUUGGCAGAUGUGGUUUGCAGCUCUGAAUGAUUAUGAAAAUAAUCCAUGGCUUCUGAGUUUGGUUUACAGACUUUUAAAUAACGAGAAAGCAGUUUUGGAUCUUAUUGACAACAAAAGUUUACCUUACAGUCAAGGACCCAAACAUAUUCGUGUCAAACAAUAUCUGUAUCAUUACACAAAUUCAUUUGAACGCAGAAAAACUGGAGCUUGGUGGAAACGAGAUUUCAAAAAGGUUUACCUUCCACCAGUGGACAAAGAAUCAGUUUUGCGUUAUUUGAAGACGGCAGGAAUUAACUUAAAUCAACAAAAUCCAUUGAAAGUUACAAAUACACAAUACUCUUGGGUGCUGCCUUUAAUUCGUUCAUUGGUUAAUCAAGUUUCACCUAAUGUAUUCAUCUAUACUUUUGCUGCAUGUUUGUUGUCAAUCAAGCUCAUUUACUAGAAUAGUCUAACAAAUUAUUAUUGGCUCAUUACCAUCAUCAUAAUGUGGGAAAGAAGCGGUGGAAAAUGAAAAGGAAAUACGAAACUUGUUGACAUUUUUUAACUCGAUUGAUCAUUGAAUUUCAAUCAAUCAAAAUAAAUGUUAUUUUUCCUCUUUUUUUACAUCCAACAAGCAAACAAAAACUAAAAUUGUCAAUUAGUAGAUCGCAAUAAUAAAUUUUACAUUAUAA